AUGUCAGUAUCACGACUCAAUAUUUCUUUGGAGAAAAUAGGACAACUAGAGUCUAUGGGAUCAAAGCGUAUACUUGAUUGGAUUAUUAUAACUGCUAAGCAAAUUUAUCAAGCUUCACAGAAUUAUGUUGUCACACCUUAUAAAAUAGAUAUUCCAUUAACACACUGCCUAUCCAAUCAAUUCGGCGAUGGUGGCGCUCUCGACAUGCAGCAAACAGUAAGUUUGACAAUGAAAAACACAAUUGAUUUGACGUUAUCGUUAAAUGUCAUUUUACAUUCUGAAAGUCUUUCUAUUGGUUGGGAGUUGACAAACCUGAUAACAAUGCGGGAAAUAUACACUUGCUUUGUACCAGAAAUGAAAGUGGGCCAGAUGUGGGCAAGAGUAAAAGUAUUUGAAACCGAUGUAGACCUAAGUAUUAUUGAGGUUAAUGAAGAGGAUGAAGAUGAUAAAAAUAUCUUUCAAAAGAUGAAAGGGAAAGUAUUAGGAAAGAGUAGGAAAAACUUGUUGAGAAUGAAAUUAUGGAAAAGAGUUGAAAAGGUUAAACUGUUUUUAGGCAGUGGCGAAAGAGUUGGGAAUUUCAUUGAAACUAGUAUAGAAGACAAAAAUCGAAAUCGGCAUAUAAUCUCAUGUGUUACCGAUGAAAGAUUAUUGGAUUGUUCAAGAGAACUAACUAAGAUGAUGAGCAUACUGGUUACAUAA